AUGUCCACUUCUUCUUCCAUAGGUCAGUUGCCUCAUAAUUCCUCAGGUAUGUCACACUCUGAAUGGGUCUUGGAUUCUGGAGCUUCCUAUCAUAUGUCUCCAGAUUCUUCAUCUUUUACCUUUGUGUCCCCUUUGUCCUCCAUUUCUGUUAUGACUGCUGUUGACAUUCCUAUACCCUUAGCAGGUACUGGUACUUUAAUCCUUAGCACACCUGAAGCUCUAUUCUCAUCGACAGCCCUUCAAGCUUCAUCUGAGAUUCAAGCUAUGGAUGAGGAACUUUCAGCUUUGCAUAAGACAGAUAAUUGGGAUUUGAUUCCUCUACCUCCUAGUAAGAGUUUUGUUGGUUGUCGUUGGGUGUAUAAGAUCAAGACUAAUUCUAAUGGGUCUAUUGAGCGAUACAAAGCUAGGCUGGUUGCAAAAGGAUACUCUCAACAGUAUGGUAUAGACUAUGAGAAAACAUUUGCCCCGGUUGCAAAAAUGACUAUUAUUCGUACUUUUAUUGCCAUAGCUUCAAUUAGUCAUAUCAUUCUGUCUUUAUAUGUUGAUGGCAUGAUUAUUACUAGUGAUGACAUUGAUGGUAUUUCAGUUUUGAAGACAGAGUUGGCUAGACGAUUUGAAAUGAAAGAUUUUGGUUAUCUUCGAUAUUUCCUAGGUAUUGAGGCUAGACUUACUGAUAACAAGACUGUAGAUACUCUUAUUGAGGUCAACACGAUGUACUCUUCUUCUGAUGGUUUACCUUUGAUAAAUCCUACUUUAUACCGCACUAUUAUUGAGAGAUUGAUAUAUCUCACCAUUACUCGUUCAGAUAUUGCAUAUGUUGUUCAUGUUGUUAGUCAGUUUGCUGCUUCUACUACUAUUUUGCAUGCAUACUCUAAUGCUGAUCAUGGUAGUGAUCCCACAGAUCGUAAGUCUGUUACAGGGUUCUAUAUCUUUUUAGGUGAUUCUCUUAUUUCUUGGAAGAGCAAGAAAUAA